AUGCGCGCGCAUCAUGGUUGCAGAAAACCCUGCGGAUAUAGAGGAAAACCUCCACCUGGACUCCAUCUGGACGUGGUUAAAGGAGACAAAUUAAUAGAGAAGCUGAUCAUCGAUGAGAAGAAGUUCUAUCUGUUUGGGAGGAACCCUGAGCACUGUGACUUCACGAUAGACCACCAGUCGUGCUCGCGUGUGCAUGCGGCGCUGCUCUACCACAGACACCUCAAGAGAGUGUUCCUCAUCGACCUCAACAGCACCCAUGGCACAUUUCUGGGCAGAAUCCGCCUCGAGCCCCACAAACCUCAGCAGGUGCCGAUCGACUCGACCAUGUCGUUCGGAGCGUCCACACGCGUCUACACGCUGAGAGAGAAACCGCAGACGCAGAGCAGCUCCAGCACAGGAGACAGCAAAGGAGUGGAGGACGAGGAACUGAAGGGGCUGCUGGGACUGCCGGAGGAAGAGACCGAGCUCGAGAACCUGACAGAGUUCAACACGGCUCAUAACAAACGCAUUUCUACACUCACCAUCGAGGAGGGAAACCUGGAAAUCCAGAGACCCAAGAGGAAGAGGAGGAGCUCACGAGUUUCCUUCAGUGAAGAAGAGGAGAUCAUAAACCCAGAGGACGUGGACCCGUCUGUCGGACGCUUCAGAAACAUGGUGCAGACGGCUGUGGUUCCUAUUAAGAGGAAGAAGCUGGAAGGCCACAGUACGCUGGGAUUGGAGGAGAGCGUAGCACGGCGGUUACAGAGCUUCCCGCUGAGCGCCGGGCUGUACGGUGACCUGCCUCCCGCCAGCCACGAGACCACAGGACAGGGCGGCUCGUCUGCCAUCACCGGGGGGAUGCCCCUGCCCUUCCCCAACCCCGCCCCGGAGGUGGACCUCUCGCCCACGACGGCACAGCCACCCGCUGUGCUGAACCCCACUCCCGCUCCCGGACCCUACUCGGCCGAGCCGCUCAACGAGCCGCGCAAGAAGAAGUACGCCAAGGAGGCGUGGCCUGGCAAAAAGCCCACCCCCUCCCUGCUGAUUUAACAUGGGACAGACAAACUGUGACAGAUCUCAAGAUUACAUCUUGGAGUUCGUUUGAAGUUAUUGGUUGCAAACUUCAUGUUUGCAACAUUUCUGAUACAUACUUCAAACGAGUGCUG